AUGGCGAGAAAAUUCUUGAAAUCUCCAGAAAAGAGCUUUGGAAAGACGGCGUGCUGGACGACGACUUCGAUAUUGAAAUCAUCAAUCAAAUGGGCUGCGGUGAAGCGUUUCGAAGGUGUGGCCGUCGGUGCGGAUAUGUACCACGUGCAGAAGGUUCGCGCCUUCAUAGGACCUUACUGCAAUGCUGUUGCGAAAAUGGCAACUUUCUGGAACAUUCCCGUAGUUGGCUACAUGGCCUCGUCGAAUGCAUUUGCCGACAAAUCAAUCUAUAAGACACUGGCUCGAGUUUCGUUGAGAACAACGAAUCAUGGGCCGCAAAGCUGUCGCAGCUAUUCUUUAAUCAUCUCGGCUGAAAAG